ACACAAUAUGGCGGAUUAAAGAAAGGAAAAUCUAAAUUUUUAGCAAAACAAAGUUAUUUAGAGGGUGUCCUCUUUGUAAGAUACCAAUAAAAAUUAGCAAAAAUGUCGACAAUAAACUUCUCUAGGAUUUCUAGAAAAAAAGAAGUCAGUGGAAAGUAUGCGCCGAGCACUUUUCGGGUGAUGAGUAACGAUGCAGAGGUCAUGAACGCCAAGUAUCAGGAGAGCUUCCCCUCAGUGAAUGAACGUCUCCCAGAUAUGCCAGUUGAACGGAACCCAUAUCCAACUGAUUUCAGAUUUAACAACCCUCACCCCUACAAUUGUAAAUUUUUACGUCAUAAUGUGAGAUUUAUAAAUGAACCUGUAUGUACGGUGUUCACUUCUGAUGUACGGAGUGAGCAACCGCAUUGGUGGCCAUCUAGGACUUCUAAUACUCCGUUGAAGAAGCCACCAUUCACAAGGGAUACAACAGUCAGACGAGAUUUUACGUAUGAUACUCUCACUGUACAGUCACAACUUAAAGGAGGAAACUCAAGACAUCAAGCAAAUCCUAACAAAUCUUCAUCCUUAGGUAUAGUUCCUGUUAAUGACUUGGGGGAGAGAGAUGGAAAGGUCAGGGUACACAAGGAAAAUAUUUCCUAUGAACAUCAGUAUAACAGUCGGCUAGAUCCCAACUACCCAAUCAGGGCAAAGAGACAUGGUAGUUUUGUGUGGGACAAACUCGCUCAUGAGAAGGCCGCAGCAUAUCUCAAAUCCAUAAACCACCCAGUGAAUCUGGACAGUCCCGACCGACCGUCGAAGCCGUCGCCUCCUUCAACGUUCAGGGUUGAAGCUCCAGCAACAACGACGACAACUCAGAUUCCGUCAUCACCGCUGCCAGGGCUUCCGGUUGGACCAAUUCCAUGCAAAUGCGUCCGUUCUGCACCUGCAGUAUUUUUUAAAUAAAACUAGCUCACACAGGUGCAUAAAGGGUCUUUCCUUUUUGUAUUGAUUUCAAUACAUGUAUACUCUGUAAAUGCUAUUUUGCCAGAUGAGGGGCAUCUGUGCAAAAUAUCUGUCUUUCAUGUAAUAGGCUUAAAGUGUAUGUGUACAGAAGAACAAUUUAAUGGAGACACCACAUACAUGUAUUCUACUGUUAUGUAUGUCAACACAUACUCAUUGGUAUUACAUAAUUAGAUUGUCUUCAAUAGAAUAUCUGUCUGUUUAAAGAAUGACAGAUUUCUUUGAAGGAAAUGCAUUGAGAUUAAACAGUGCUUAUUGCUAGUUUUAUACAGCAGUCUGUGAUAGAAAUUCAAUCAUAUUCUAGAUUUGCCUUGGAUUGUUUACAAUCUUACUACUGCACAUUUGUGACCCGCUCUACCAAAACUAGGCGCUUGUCGCAUCUGAACUUGACAGGUUGAUACGG